UAAUUUUGGGACUGGAAGACUAUAUAGUUAUCUAUAUAUCGAAGAAUGAUUCUAAGACGAUUCAGUCAUGACUUAGUCGUAAAUGACAGCUAGCGUAGUUGUUUUACUCCUGUUGGUCUAACACCAUUUUAGGUUUUCAGUUACUUUAAGGCUUGUAUUAAAGCUUGCUUAUUUACACGAAAGUUGUGCAAAUACACUGUCUUACACACUUAAAGCAUAAUUUUUUUGUUUCAAGUAGCAUAUGGAGUUUUCCGGAGAGAAAGAGAUGAGCAAGAAGGGGGUUGUGGUAUCGAUUGAUGAAAAACCGUCGGAGUGGCGGACGUGGGAGGGGUUGCACCCGGAUAUAUUGGCAUCGAUUUUCUUGAGAUUGGCAGUGGAAGAAAUAUCGAGGUGUGUUCCGCUGGUGUGCAAGCCGUGGAUGGAAGUAGCGUCGGGCCCAUACUGUUGGAUCGAUAUCGAUAUUCAGGCCUGGUGUCGGCGUUGCAAUCGCAGUUUACGUGCGGUUAACCGGGCGGUGAAUAAGCUGAUACGACGGAGCAAUUUUACGGUUGAACGACUGUUUGUCUACCGUAUGGGAUCAUCCGGAUUCUUGUCUGUGGUUAACUGUCCAUGUCUGAAAGUGCUUGAAGUCCCAUUGAGUCGAUUCACUGACACUCUGGUACUGAAUCAUCUAAAACCACUGCCAAAUCUCAGAGUUUUGAAUAUCAACUAUUGCUCCAAGAUCAGUGCCAAAGGCCUUGCAGCAUUCGGUAACCAAUGCAAGUCUUUACUUCACUUGAAAAGAAACCUUCCUCCACAACGUUAUUGGCCUGUUGAUAAUUCCGAAGCAAAAACCAUAGCCGACACCAUGCCAAACCUACAGCGUAUUGAACUCUGUUUUGGUAGUUUUAGUGAUUGGGGUCUUUCUGAAAUCCUUACCAAAUGCAAGUCGCUUACGCAUCUUGACAUUCGUGGGUGUUGGAAUGUGAAGUUGAAUGGUGAUCUCAAGAAGAUGUGUGGAAAGCUUGAGUGUUUUCAGAUCCACCCCAGUGACUUUUCUGAGCAGGAUCAACUUCGUUUGUUUUAUCGUUAUUGGAAGGUUAAUGAGAAUGAGACUGAUCUUUUCGUGGAAUUACAAACUUACUGGAAUGAGAUUAGGAUUCGAUAAUGAGUAAGUAUGCUUGAGUGUUCCCGGAGGACUUUCUUUUUAGCUUUUGAAAUUACUUGUUUGCUUAUACUUAGACGUUACAACUAUUUCCAGCAAUUCACCCUACUCAUGUUUUUUCUCUCUUGCAAUAAUUAGUAUCAUGCAUUAGACUUCAA